AUGUGUGGUCGAUCGCGCUGCACGUUGACGCGCGAGCAGGUGGCGAAAGUCGCAGGUGUCGCUCUGAAAGAGUUUGUGGAUGGCGACAAGUAUCAUCCAGUGGAGAAUAUGGGGCCAGGACGAUAUGGACCUGUACUUUUGCAGUAUGGUGGAGAAAAGGUAGACAGCAAAAAGCAUGUGAAGACGCAUUUGCGGGCCAUGCGUUGGGGACUAGUUCCGUCAUUUACCAAGGCAAAUGGAACACCAGACCACUUUCUGAUGUUCAAUGCCAGAUCCGAGAAUGUACAGGAGAGACCGGCAUUUAAGCGGGUAUUGGAAACGAAGAGAUGUGUCGUGCUGUGUGAAGGAUACUACGAGUGGCAACAAGUGGGUAAAAGAGAGAAGCAGCCGUACUACUUUUACCGAGAAGGCAGUCUGAUGAAGUUUGCUGGUCUGUAUGAUCACUGGAAAAACGAGGCAGGGGAGGUGAUGUACACCUAUACUGUUCUCACAACUACGGUGGCACCGGAGAUAAAGUGGUUGCACACUCGUAUGCCAGUUAUUUUGUCAGACAAUGGCGUUGAUCGAUGGCUUUCUGGCGCAAAGUUUGAAGAUCUAAAGGACUUGCUAACAUCAUAUCGUUCCAACGACUUGAAGUGGCAUCCAGUGGAUAAGAAAGUUGGAUCGAUGCAAUUUCAAAGUAAAGACUGCGCCAAAAAAAUCGACAUUAAGCAUGCAGGCGACAUCACGUCAUUCUUUGGAGGCAAGACCGAGAAGCAUGAAUCCCUUCAAUCUCCACCAAUUGCACCAUCUGAACGCGCCAAAAUGGAGAAGGUAGUUUCUAGUGAUACUACGACUGUUCCUAGCGUCAUGAGUAAGAAUGAAGAGCACGAUUGGAAUCCGGACACAUCACCAAAGAAACAAGCCAAACCGUUCUCCGCCCAGUUUGUUCCAGCCUCGUCACUCGUCGAUAAACGUUGUAAAAAUGACGAAAAGCAAGAUUCGAUGCUAUUGCAAUCACCAAACAAGCGUCGUCGAGUGUCACUUCGAACAAAAACAUCUAACGUAAAGCCGAAGAAGUCUCGAGCCAAAGUGAAGUCACCGAGCCCAAAACAAUCGUCUCUGGACUCUUUUUUCAGCAAGAGUCCCAAAUAA